CCGAAGUACAGCCUGUUGACAGAGGCGCAAUAAUAGACGUGCUACACAUUCAUGCCGCCUGCGGCUCAGCGGCAGGAUCUCCGUCAAGACAGCCCCACUCUGCUGCACGAUCGGCGUCAGGCACGUCACCUGGAACUUUUGAAGCCGGCAUUGCUCGCAGAAAUGACCUCAACAUCGUGAACAGCGUUUGGUAGCCAGGCGGACUUGUACGAAUGCUUCUUCUUCCGUCCUUGCCGCAAGACAUGUGCCGUGUACGCGUACGGAUAUGACGGACGGGGAUCGCAAUGACGCCUAGCUUUUGUGAAGGUGCAAAGAAGGAUUGAGUGUGUAAGGACGAUCUUCCACUUCUUCGCAAUCUUUCUUGUUGUUCCAACACUCUUGCUGCCCCGGUACAGCAAAGAUGCAUCUUUCCGCCCUUCUCACUGCCUGCUCGCUUGCGGGUGUGGGUUACAGUCAGGUCAUUGGCCAAGAUACCAUCUCCACCGCGGGCCUCAUCCAGAACAAUGCUACCAGCGCCAACACGAGGCUGCGGUACGAUAAUGGCACGUACGGUCCGGCCGUAGAGGAAGUACACUAUUACAACGGUCAAUGGCCCAUAGGUAUUGCUGUGGCCUCCGAUGGCCGCAUCUUCACGUCCUACACAAGAGGCAGCUACAACUAUACGCUUGGCGUGGUGACCAACCUGACCGCCGAGGCACCCUAUCCCAACGCAGCGCUCAACCUACCGCCUAGUGCACUGAACACGACAUGGAAUGGCAUCGCUUUUGGAUCGGGAAAUGCCAGCGCAUUCAUCAGCGUACAGGCUCUGUACAUCACAAGCAACAACAGCAGACGACCAGAGACGCUUUGGGUAUUGGACACGGGCCGGCCGACGGUUUACAACGCACAAGGCGAUCCAUCCAUGCCUUAUGCUCAGCCAGGCGGACCUAAGCUCGUCGCGAUUAGCUUGGCCAACAACAGCAUCUACCAGACUUACACUUUCCCUAGUACAGUGCACUAUCCGGACUCUUACCUCAACGAUUUGAGGUUCGACCUCCGGACCAACAUUACCGGAACCAGCGGGAAAGGCAUUGCGUAUCUUGUCGACAGCUCGAAUGAGGGCAGACCUGGAUUCAUUAUGCUCGACCUCGGCACCGGCAUUUCAUGGCGUCGCCUUACUCAAGAUCAAUCUGUACUUCGCGGAGGGCAAGAUCUGCCGGUCUACCAAGGCCACCCAUUGUAUCUGAGAAUGAAGGGAAUGCCGGCACAAUGGCAACUUGAAGGUCUAGACGGCAUCCAGAUCUCGCCUGACGGUAAUACCGUGUACUAUUCACCGCUCUCGCAGAACUACCUGUACAGCGUCCCAACCCUGAACCUGCGGGCGCAAGACACGGACGAGCUUGCAGAGAUCAACGCGCAUGCCAACGUCUCCAACCAUGGCCAGCGCGGGAGCAACGCCAACGGUUUUGAGGGGGAUAGUAACGGUUUCAUCUACCAGCUAAUUCCGGAGCACAACGCUGUGUUUUACUACAACCCACGUGAUGGGCAGACGCACCCAUUCGUUAGGGACCCACGCAUUCUGUGGCCGGACGGUGGAAGCAUUGGUGCCGACGGGUAUUUGUACCUCAACAUUAAUCAGCUCCCCUACCAGCCUGAUUGGAACAACGGCGUGGAUCUGCGACAGCACCCAGGAGCCAUCUUACGGGUCAAGCUGCCCAACAAUGGGACAAAGGUUACGAGCUUGUAUGCCUAAGGAAGAUGAAUUCGGUUGGCAAUGUACCAGCAGACAUAAUCUAUAGACGUCUAGCAGGGACCAGGCAGGACUCGAAACAUGAUGACAUGUUCAAUUGUUGUUGUAUCCCUUCCAGAUUACCCGUAAAUGCUGCAGUUCUAACCGAUAACUUGCUGUGUUCGUGUGCAAGUACUUGGGGAACAUGCUGUUGUACU